AUGUCGUCUGCCGAUACUCCGGCGCCGUAUGCGCCUGAUUAUGCUUCAUACAACUGGACUGGGGCUCCCGCCGAUUAUUCCCUCACGACGAACACAGAUCUGGGCGGUGAUUCUCGCGUCGAAAAUCUGAACAAAUGGUACCAAUCCGGUGACCAGGCCUAUAUAAUCGUCGCUUCCGCCAUGGUCAUGGUCAUGGUGCCCGGUCUGGGCUUCCUCUACUCCGGGCUUGCCCGCCGCAAGUCUGCCCUCAGUAUGAUCUGGGCCUGCAUGGGUUCCUUUUCGGUGAUAACCUUCCAGUGGUAUUUUUGGGGCUACUCAUUAGCGUUUUCCCCAUCCGCCACCAACGGCUUCAUUGGUGACUUGCGCAGCUUUGGCUUGAUGAAUCUACUCGGUGCUCCAAGUCCAGGUUCGCCAUUGGUGCCAGGGCUGCUCUAUGCUUUUUACCAGAUGCAAUUCUGUGGCGUCACUGCUGCUAUUGUCAUGGGUGCCGUUGCGGAACGCGGGCGGCUGCUACCGGCCAUGGUCUUCACUUUUAUCUGGGCCACCAUCGUUUAUUGCCCUCUCGCCUGCUGGGCCUGGAAUGUCAAUGGCUGGGGAUACGCUUACGGAGUGAUGGACUACGCUGGAGGAGGACCCGUCGAAAUAGGGUCUGGUCUAUCGGCACUUGCAUACUCGAUGGUCCUUGGUCGUCGCCAAGAGAGAAUGAUGCUCAAUUUCCGCCCGCACAACGUGUCGCUGAUUCUGCUGGGAACUGUGUUCCUCUGGUUUGGCUGGCUGGGUUUCAAUGGUGGCUCUGCAUUUGGCGCCAACCUGCGUGCGACCAUGGCAUGCUGGAACUCCAAUAUUGCCGCUAGUUUUGCCGCCAUUGCUUGGGUUCUGCUCGAUUUCCGGUUGGCGAGAAAGUGGUCUAUGGUUGGAUGGUGUUCUGGCACCAUCUCGGGGCUGGUUGCUGCGACUCCCGCUUCUGGUUUCAUCACCCCUUGGGGAAGCGUUGUGCUGGGAGUGGUGACUGGCAUAGUUUGCAACUAUGCCACCAAAGUGAAAUACUGGAUUAAAAUCGACGAUUCCAUGGAUGUGUUCGCUGAGCACGGCGUUGCGGGGAUUAUUGGUCUGCUCAUCAAUGCGCUCUUCGCAUCGGACGACAUUAUCGGCCUCGAUGGCGUAAACACCGGCCAGACAAACCCCACCACAGGAACGGCGCAAGGUGGAUGGAUCAUCCACAACUAUCGGCAGCUCUACAUCCAGAUUGCCUAUAUUGUUGCCACCUGCGCAUACGCCUUUGUGGUCUCCGCAAUCAUCGCAUAUUUGAUCAACAUCACGCCAGGUCUUCACCUGCGGGCAUCUGAGGAGGCGGAACUGCUCGGCAUGGACGAUGACCAGCUAGGAGAAUUCGCCUACGAUUAUGUCGAGGUACGCCGAGAUUACUUGGCGUGGACACCGCAAAAGGCGGCGCAAUUAGAAGACGGCCACGAAAUCCCACACGCCCAUCGAUACGGCAUCGAGGCGCACAGCACGAUGAUGGAGGGACAUACACCAGAAGACAAGAGGAGUGAAGAGGAUAUCAUUGCCCCCCAGUCUUCGAUCCCGGUUUCCUCUGAUUAUCACCAUCACACAGCGCAACUUCCACCGGCACCGCGACAAGUGGCCGAACAGAAUCCUCCCGGCGAGGGACAAGCUGUGAUUGAAGAAGAAAAAAUUGCAUAG